AUGAAUAUUCUCCCUAAAAAGAGAUGGCACGUUCGGACCAAGGAUAACAUUGCUCGUGUUCGGCGUGAUGAGGCCAAAGCAGCAGAGGAAGAGAAAGAACGUUUACGUCGUGUUGCGUUGGCCGAUCAGGAGGCACGAAUAAAUUUGCUUCGGCAGAAAGCACGCAGCGGUCAAGGGACGACAACCGAAACCGAAACCGAAACAGAUGUGCACGUGCAACGGCAAGAACACGUCAACUUUUUUACCGAACUCGAAGAAGGGAAACACGACGGUGUGAAACGGUCGAAUGUGGAGCAUGAGAAAGAAAAGAAGGAAGAACAGGAAAAGUAUGAAAAACAAAUAGGCUACCUUACCUAUCUUGGCCAGGAUACAAACGAAGCGCUCGGCAAACGGGACUGGUACGAUAGGGCACCGGCUCGAAGCGAAACUCUCGAUAAACACGGCAAACCGAUAGAAGUUGGUUUGAAGACGAAAAACUAUCAUGACCCUUUAAACGUUAUUCGGAGGUACGUUCCGAGUACAAAGACGGCACUACCGUCUGCACCUACUACCUCUAAGCAUGUGGAACCCGAGCAAACAGAUACAACUCAGACGACUUCUCCCGCAGAUCAAUCGAAAAUCAAAUAUGAAUCAUUGAUUGGCCAGAGUAGUCGAAGCAAAGAAUCACGGAAACGCAGAGCAAGUGAGAGUUCCCCCGAGAAAACUCAUGCAAAGCGGAGCAAAAAGAAACAUAAGAAGCAUUCCGAUAAAAAGAGGAAGAAAGAAAAGCGCAAGAAAAAGAAGCAUAAAAAAUCCAGCUCCGAAGAUGAGGACAGUACUGAUGAAGAAGCAUUGAAAGCUAAGAAGGUUCAAUUGGAGCAAAUGCGAAAACAACGAAUCGCACGAGAACGUGAAGAGAAGGAAAGGACGGAAAAGAUGCUGGCAAAAUUACGCGGCGAACCGGAACCCGCACCAAAGCGCAAAGAAAUACCCCAAACAGCGGUACCUCGUCAGAAGUACAAUUCACAAUUCAAUCCAGAACUCGCCAAACAAAAUUACGAAUAA